CCCAGUUAAACGUGGUAUGAAAGACCUAAAUAUUAAUCGUUUUUCAUUUAUACUUUGCUCUUGCCUUUGAUGGGAAGGGACAUGUGCGUGUUCGGUUGCAGAACAUGAAAGAAAAUCUGAAGUGACCGCACAGUUUGGAAGCAGGACAGUCUGACGCGGUCAUGUUGACCCCACCGAAGGAGGGCAUGCCCAGUAUGAUUGACAGGGCGAUGAGGAUGAAGAGGGAGGAACAGGCACGCCAGGUGGUGCUGGCCUGGGCUGUCCUGAACGUGUCUCUGGCCGGCAUGAUCUACACUGAGAUGUCUGGGAAACUACUGAGUCGAUACUACAACAUCACCUACUGGCCUAUCUGGUACAUUGAGCUGGUGCUGGCCUCCCUCUUUAGCCUCAAUGCACUGUUUGACUUCUGGAAGUAUUUCAAGUACACAAUGGCUCCCUCCACCAUCGCUGUAACCCCUGAGCAGCAUCGCCUCCUGGGUCUGAGAAACUCAGGGAUCCAGGCCUCUCCGCCUCAGAAGCCAGAGAAGAAGGAGACUCCGGCUCCAGCUCAGUCGUCCCCGCUGCAGGGACAAAACGUACUGAGUUUCAGCCCAUCUCGCCCGGCAUCCACCAGCCCCAAGUUCUCUCCCAGCUGUGUGCCCGGCUACAGUCCCCCAUUGAGCAACCCGUCCACCCCAAGCAGUACGGGGGGGCCCUUCUCCCCCUCACUGGCCUAUGGAAAGGUGUUGAACUACAGUCCAUCCCCUGGCUCCUCUCCAUACCCCAGCAGCAUCGGGCCGGUGGAAGGCUCCAGCUUGAGGGCUCGAUACCGCACCUCACCCUCUGUAUUUAACUCCCCUGGUGGCAAGGAGGACUACAUGGAGGACCUAAAAACCUUGGAGAGAUUCCUCCGCACCGAGGAGGAGAAGAGCCACCGCAGCCAACUAGGGAGUCCGGAGUCUGCAUCCCCGUCCCACAGCCCCACCUUUUGGAACUACAACCGCUCAGUGGGGGAUUACGCUCAAAGCCUGAGGAAGUUUGUGUACCAGCCAGCCUGCCGCUCUCAGGCCCCCUCCGCCCACAAGGACGAGACCGAUCUGGGCUCCAAACAGGCUGCUGAGGAGGUGUGGGCCAGAAUCACAACCAGCUGCCCCGUGGUGGACCGCAUCGAUGGCUGGACGGCCAAACUUAGAAAUUGGAUCAGUGACACCAUCCUGGUGCCCUUGGUCAAGGAGAUGGACUCAUUGAACAGCCAGCUCAGGAGGAUGGGCUGUCCUGAGCUCCAGAUAGGAGAGGCCAGUAUAAGCAGCCUGAAGCAGGCAGCGGUGGUGAAAGCCUCGUCCAUCCCCACCAUGAAUGCUAUUGUCCAGUACCUGGAUAUCACACCCAACCAGGAGUAUCUAGUGGACCGGAUAAAGGAGCUGGCCCACAGCGGCUGCAUGAGCUCCUUUCGCUGGAACGGUGGUGGGGAUCUGAAGAGCAGGAAGUGGGACACAGACCUCCCUACUGACUGUGCUAUUCUCAUGCAUGUGUUUUGCACAUACCUGGACUCCAGACUGCCACCACACCCCAAGUACCCAGAUGGGAAGACGUUCACCUCGCAGCACUUCAGGCACACCCCGGACAAACCUGAUGUGACCAAUGAGAACCUGUUCUGCAUCCACCAGAGCAGCACAAACCCCCCUCACUACCAGCUGAUCUACCAGGGACACAUCUAUAGUCUUCCUAAGGGCAGGAACAACCUGUUCCACACAGUUCUCAUGUUCCUCUACGUAAUCAAGACCAAGGAGUCAGGGAUGCUGGGGAGAGUAAAUCUUGGCCUGUCUGGAGUGAACAUCCUGUGGAUAUUCGGGGACUGAUGCAGUUCAAAAUGUUCACGAGCUCUUCACUGAAAAGUGCCACAAGAUGAGUGGAUUUUUGUAACUGCCUGCAUGCUGUUAGGUGCUGGAAUACCACCUCAGCUUAAAGACUGCUCUCUGGCUUCAGAUACAUGUUGGAGAAGAAGCACUUCACUUUUAAAGACUUGAGAGGACGAUUUCAAAACAAAACAUCUUCCUUCAUCUUUCAUAGUUUUCCAAGCAAUCUAAAAUAGCACAACAUAUUUUUUGACAUUCUCAAUUUGUUUAAAAUUCUCAGUGUAUUGCCAUUGACAUUUUACCUAAAUGUUUUCAUGACACCGCAAUGUGCUUAUUAUACAAAACAGCUGUAUUUUUUAACAUUGUUCAGUUUUCUGAAUACUUUGUAUUUUGAGAAUGUACCAGCAUGGCAGCCUUGUAAAUAAUAUACCUCAGAUUUAUCAUAUGGAUAGCAAAGGGCUUAGACCCAUAGGCUUGAAUGUAGAUAUGUCUGUACAUGAGUUUUUUUGUUUGUUGGUUUGUAUUUUGGAUUUGGCUUGAAUAACCCACUGCAGCUUGUAUACUAAUUUUUUUUUAUAGCAGAAUGAAUAUUUGCAGCCAUGGGAUUACUGAUUAAAUAUUGCGCUUGCACUUCUCUAAAGUGGAAUCAGGAGUUCUACAAAAUGCCUGAAGCAGUGCUGCAUGGUUUUUUGUUGUGGUUGUGAAGCAGGUACACCACCACACACAAUAAAAGUAACAGUAUUCUCUGGUUGCAACAUUUUUGCAUUAUGCUAAGGCAUUCUAUGAUGUGUUUCUAUAUACAGUGGGUUUAUUCUGUAUGGGGGACAUGAAUAAUUGUUACAUUGUCAAAAUCUGAGUCCUUUGAGUAUGAUUGAUUUUUUACAAAGGAGCUGUCUUAAGCAAAAUGCCACAGUUUAUAUUGGAUGGAUGGUCUGACUUAGAAUUCAGAGGUUUGCUUGUUUUUCCAUAAAUUACAUUUUAUGAAUAUUGCCUGAGAUGUGGGAAUAAAAUUGAGACUUGAAAACAAA